AUGGCGAUCUUGUCAGGAAGAGCAGAUGGAUCCAACGAAGUUGAAGUGCGUGUUAAGAGAUGGCCGGAGGAUACAUAUUUCGAAGAAUAUAUUAAGACAGGGGAUCGUGAGAAAGCGACUGCAACAGCUUGCGAAAGAUACAUCGUGCCUGAACCUGGGAAGCAGUAUAUUAUUGAGGUGGUGUUAAAGGCGGGAUACGACUUUAAUUGUCAAGAAGUGAGGAUCGAGUUGUUUUUUCCCGGCAUCGAGAAAGAAGUCUCGAAGCUCAGAAUUUUUUACCCAGGACCCUGCGUUGGUGUUUCACCAGAUCGUAAGUACACUUUGAUAGGUACGAACAAAUUCGAGGUCGAUGGAAGGAUAUCCUCUGGUGCUCGCUUUGUCUUCAACGCUGUCUCUAUAGAUGAAAAGCUGGAUGACGAAAGUGACCUGCUGGGUAUUAUCCCCAAGAGUUUGGCAAGUUUCCAACUUCAACAAAUUACUCACGCGAACGGUCCUUGGAACGCCAAAUUAGUGGAUAAGGAAAGUUACAAAAAACAUGGAAUUACUAGUACAACAAAGCUUAUUGGUGGGAAUCAACUGAAACUAGAGAGGAACAACGCAUGGAUGAGGAACAUAAUCUACGAUGCAGUGCUUAAGUACAACUUUUAUCACCGUGGCUCAGUGAAAGAGACAGUGAUGGCUGGCGGUAGCGUCACCAAUCCGCUCAGUAACCCUCGCGAUCAUUUACAGUGGGCGUUCCUAGAUGUGUGGGAACGAAGAGCAGCAUUUAUGCGACUACAAGAGUUGUAUAAGGAAUAUCAACGUGGCGAGGUACGUAGCGUAGUUGAGCAUGCACCAGCAGCGAGAGUGAUCAGUCUACUUGACGACACAGAAGAUGGGGUGGAUAUCGGUCGAAAGGCCGCUGAGAAAUACCGCGAAUCUUCAGCCUCAAUCAUUUCUCUGGUGGGUAAUGGAAAAGUCCAACACCGUCGACAACCAAAAGAGUCACGAUCUCGGCAGCCAAAAUCGGAAAUUUUUGCGAUCAAAGCAGAAGCUGACACACGGAAUGGAAAUAUCCCAGUAGACUUAACUACUGUUACACCAAAAACUUUCAAAAGAGAACAUUCUGCAACCCCUAUCAAACAAGAGCUCAUCGACAUCGACAGCAUUGAUGUAUCGAAGAUCAAAAUAUUUCAAGCUUCCACGAUCAAGCGAGACUUGGACGACGAGGAUCGCAGGAAAAGAAUCAAACUUGAAGAUUCUGCGGAGUCUGGUCUCCCAAUACUCGAUGACAUCGUAGUGUAUGAUGAUCAAGAGAAUUUGAAGCAGGAUGAUACGGAUGCUGAACAGGUUCUACCUUCUACGGAGUCAGAAGAAGAAGCCUUCGCGAAGGAACAAGAAGCUCAGAUUGCGGAAAUCGAUAGGCAGAUGGCCGAGCUACAAGCGCAACAGAAGGCGGAUUUUGAGAAAUUGUUGAAUCAUGGCGCUGAUAGCUACCUUAAAUGUCAAUACCACCACUUCAAGAACGCUCAAGAGAGGAGAUUGAGAGAUGGAUUCUUGAUGUACCACUCCCAACCAUCUUCUUAUUUCUCUCUCCAUCCUCUUUCUCUUCCUCUCCAUCCAUCUCUCAUGCCAAUAACAGAACCUAGUUCCACAAAUCCUCAGAUUCCCUCUCAACAUCCACCCUCUCCCAAUUUUAUCGUCCAGAUUCGACGCUGCAAUUCGGAAAUCUUCCUCGCUUCGAGAGAUAUCGCGGGUGAUAGGAUUUGGAUUACUUGUACGAUUACGUAUGUUGUGAAGGGUGAUAGUGAGGGGGUGGAGAUUACGAUUCCUGCGGCGGGAGUGUUUUCGUUAGUUGCGGGGAUGGAGGUGGAAGGAGAGGAUGGAAAGGGUGAUGUGGGUGAUGGGGAAGGUGAAGGGGAGGAAGGGACGUGGAAGCCGAUUAUCAAGAGAUUUGAGUGUUUUUUGGAUUUGAGUCCUGUGAGGGAGAGGGGGGAGAUUGUUGCGGGGAUGGUUGGAGAAGGAGUGUGA